UCAAGAGGGAACGUGACGUACCUGGGCUCUGUGAGUUCCUUCCUGCUCGGAGAGUGAGGAGAAGCCUACGGGUCUUCCAGAGCAGUAUGCCGGAGCGUGUGUGUGACUUCCAGGGCCAGAGCUACCACAAGCUCAAGAGGGCAUGCAUGAGGAGGGGCGUGCUCUUCAAGGACCCCGCCUUCCCCCCCUCCGCCCAGUCGCUCUUCUACAAACGAGAGCCACCCCCCGGGCUCAAAUGGAAGAGGCCAAAGGAACUGUGUAAGGACCCUCGUCUGUUCGUGGAUGGCAUCAGCACUCGGGACCUGCACCAGGGCAGUCUGGGUAACUGCUGGAUGGUUGCGGCCACUUCCUGUUUGGCCUCGGAACCCUCUCUAUGGAAGAAGGUGAUUCCGGACCACCAGGAGCAGGAGUGGAACCCCAAGCGUUCCGACCUGUACGCCGGAAUCUUCCACUUCCGCUUUUGGCGUCUUGGCCGCUGGACGGACGUGGUGGUGGACGACCGCCUGCCGGUCAGCGAGGAAGGGACGCUGCUGUUCUGUCGCUCGGCCACCCCACGCGAGUUCUGGAGCGCCCUGCUGGAGAAGGCCUACGCUAAACUGAACGGCUGCUACGAGGCCCUGGAGGGGGGCAACACGGCAGAGGCCCUCAUCGACUUCACCGGGGGGGUGUCGGAGCCCCUGAGCCUGGAGCGGGAGGCCCUGGGUCUGCACCCAGAGCAGAGGAAGACCCUCUUCCAGACCCUGGCCAAGGCCAGCGCACGCCAGGCUCUCAUCACAUGCUCCAUACGGCCCGCAGAGGGUGAAAAGGUGGAGUCUGUUUUGAACUGUGGUCUGGUGCGUGGCCACGCCUACGGCAUCACCGCCGUGAAGAAGGUGCGCCUGAGCGAGAGGCUGCUGGGUCAGAGCCAAGGUCAGGGCCAGGGUCAGGGCGGGACAACCCGCCUCCUUAUGGUCCGAAUGAGAAACCCAUGGGGAACCGCUGACUGGACAGGCGACUGGAGCCAAGGGUCGCUGCUUUGGCAGCAGGUGAGCCGAGGAGAGAAGGAGAAGAUGGGACUUGUAGUCCGAGAUGUUGGAGAAUUCUGGAUGGAGUUUGAGGACUUCUGCAGCUACUUCACAGACGUGGUGGUGUGUCGCCUGGUGGAGAGAUCCCUCCUGUGGCGCUGCACCCACUGGAGAGAGGCCCGCCGUCUCGGGGAGUGGACCCUGGCCCCCUCCACCCCCGGGACCCGCCCUCCCGGCGUCCUGCUACCCAGCCGCAGGGCACCCGACCUCGGGAGGAUCGUGGCCAAGCCUGGGGGGACCCAGCAGAGGGGGGACAGGAAAGAGGAGAGACUUGGGGAGAGGCAGAAGAAGGGAGGGCCGGGUAAAGGAGGUGGAGAAGGAGAGGUGGCUAAGAGGAAGGAGGGGGGGAAGAAGACGAAGAGUAAGGAGAAGGAGGAGGAGAAGGGGGAUGAGGAGGAGACAAGUGGAAGCUGGGAUGAGCAGUUGGAUAAGAGGAGUCGGUGCGGGGGAUGUAUAAACCACAGAGACUCGUUUCUGCACAAUCCCCAGUUCAUGUUCGAGGUACGCGGGAAGGGGGAAGAGGUGCUGAUCUGUCUGCAGCAGGAGGACAGGAGGAUACGGAGAAAAGACGGCGGAGGAGAAAACCUGCCCAUCGGAUUUGAGGUGCUGAAGGUGGAGGUAAACCGCUGCAGCCGGGUGCAGUGCGUGGUGGAGCAGGCGGCCAGCUCCGUCUACAUGGACUCCCGGAGCGUGGCGCUGCGUGUUCAGCUGGCGCCCGGACGCUACGCCCUGCUGCCCACCACCUUCCAGCCCGGCCCCACCGGACGCUUCCUGCUGCGGCUCUUCUCCCAGUCCCACGUCAGCCUCAGGGAGUUGAAGGAGGACCUGCCCUCUCCAUCAGUGUGGCAGUGUUGUUUACCUCAGCCAACCGUAGUGACCACCGUCCACCUCCGCAGAGCCUCCGGACUCAGCCAGCCCAAACACCCAGACGUCUACGCUGUGAUUCGCUGUGAGGACGACACCGUCAGGACAUGUGUGUUUAAGGAGAAUGGAAGCCCAGAGUUCAAUCUGAGGGCUAUCUUCUACAGAAGAUACCCUGACACACACAUCUCUAUUGAGUUAUGGAGCAAAGGGAUGGUGUGGGACUGUUUCCUUGGCGGAGCCCGUCUUCAGACGAGCGAUAGUGAGAGAGGGAGGAGCAGAGUGAUUGACUUGCGUGGUGGCCAAUCACAGCCAGGCUCUCGGGGUUGCGUCUACGUGGAGACUUCGUCCAGUGAAUACCUCACAGACUUGUGAUUGACAGCUCACUCAAAUCCUACCCACUUCACUGGAUUGUGAAAACUGCUGUCACCACUGGAAUAAAUUGAAGAUAAUUAAUGACAGAAAAUGAUGGACAUAUUACAGUAUACAGAAUAAAUAUAUUGAAUAACACUUUAACAUAAAUUGCCUAUUAAUGACUGUGUUAAUUACAUUAAUAAUGCUAUUGUUUACAAAUGAACGCUGAACCACCCUUUAGUGAAUGAAGAGUUAAAAUGUGUUUAUUUUGUGCCCUUUAUUUUGUAUUUUUUACAUUAUUAGGCGUAUUAUUUACAUAUCAGCUUUGUUAACACUAUUGAUAUUGUACAAAUAUAUUAGCUAGAGAUAUUGCCAUGUUGCCAAGGUUUUGUACAUUUCCACUUAGGAAUGUAGUCCUUUUGUAAAUGUAACAAUAAAAUGAUUGUUGAAUUGAAAAUAUGCAAUG